AUGCUAUUCGAUCACAAACCUCAACUUCCCCUUCUUCUUACCGCGUCAAUACAUCUCCCAUAUGGGUUCUGCAGGCCACAGGUUCAUGUCGACAACAUUGGACAUGUAAAGCCAUCCUUGCACCUAGAUCUUGGCCCCAUUGAUGCAGUCUAUACCUGGGUCAACGGAUCUGACCCUGAAUGGAAGGUUGAGAGAGAUUUUUGGUAUCAGCGUUGGAUCCAAGAAUCUGAUGGAUCAAGUCGAAAUUCAAAAGCUGCACCUUCUAUGAGCGUUGAGAAUGACGAUGGUGCUUCCGAUGAGAAUCACUAUCGUGACAAUGAUGAAUUACGAUAUUCCAUCCGCUCCCUCGAGAAAUAUGCACCCUGGAUCCACCAAAUAUAUAUUGUGACGAAUGGCCAGGUUCCAUCCUGGUUAGAUCGGGAUGAUCCUCGUGUGAAGAUCGUCACACACUCAGAAAUCUUCGAGAAUUCCUCAGAUUUGCCUGUCUUCUCCUCUUCUGCAAUUGAGAGUAAUUUGGACCGGAUCGCUGGUUUGAGUGAUUAUUUUCUCUACUUCAAUGACGACGUAUUCCUUGGAGCACCUGUCGAGCCAGAGGAUUUCGUCGGGCCAUCUGGAUCGCAAAAGAUUUAUCUUUCUCACCCGGUUCCAUUGGGUGACGAUGCAUACCCAGAAUACUGGUCUCAGAAUAAACACCGAGACGAGGAUGGCAAUGACUCAACACACAGACGGGCUAGUAACUCCCCCUUGGUGGGUAAUGACUGUAACGAAAUAGCACCUGAGCCUCUAACUGGCAAAGUAUUUCUUUCCGCAGCAUGUGACUCAGAUGAAGCGCAAGCGGAGACCCUACAGAUGUUGCUGGGCAAUAUUAUUGCAGAAAGCAACCCCUCAGCCAAUGAUCAAAUUGGUUCCGGUUUCAAGUUGCUGCAAUCAUCACAGCAUCCCAUUCUCAGCGAUCUGAACCCAUCCAACAGAACAGAUCAAGAGUCCGAACUAGAAUUGGACACCACAACUCGGAUCAAAAUUGCUGUACUAUUAGACGCCUUCUCGCAAUGCCCGAAUGAUCACGAUUUGGUUUCCGAGGCGAUCAGAUCUGUGAUCAAGGCAUUCAACGGGCGAUUUAACCUUUCUCAACAUCUUCGAAGGGUCCCGGCUCAUAUGCCACAUAUGAUCAAGAAGCAAACCUUCACUGAAUUGAAAGAGAUAUUCAAACGUGAGUUUCAACAGAACUCCGCUCACAAAUUUCGCCACCCAAGAGAUGUUCAAGUCAGCUUUGCUUACUUCGAUUAUCUACUUAAUCGACCGUAUUUUCUAUCAACGUUGUGUCGUUUGGAAAAUAAAAACUGUGACCCGAGUAAUAGCAGUUCGCACUCGACGCAGGGAUACGAAUUGAAGAUGGCAACUGACGUGACCUUUCACAUGCUGGGAGACGACUUUGAAAGUACAAUGGACAAACUUGAUUCGACAAGACAAUGCCCUACAAAAUUCAUCUGCUUGAAUGAUGAUAUGAAGCAUCAAUCAGCUGACUUGGAAGUUGCUCUACAUGGUUUGCUGGAGAGCCUUUGGCCAGUGCCCUCAAGCCUUGAGCUAUAUACAACGCCUCCUGAGCAUCAAAAUCGCAUGAAAGAGUGUCAAAUACAAUCAUCAAUCUCGACAUUCUGGCUCCUGACUUUCGUUUCUACAAGCACCGCCAUUAUUUACCUGUCACUACAAACAUGGAUAAAGUUGAUAUAA